GUGACGAUCUCCACACUGACUCGGGAGGAUUCGGGAAAAUAUCGGUGUGCCUUGAAAAAAGAGGAUUCCUCCACAUGUUUAGAAAACAUCCUCCUUCAUGUUCUGAAUCUGGAUGAUAUUAAACCAAAAAUAAUGUCUCAUGCUGAAAAUGAGACGGUACAGGUUAAAUGUUCCUACCCUAAAAGCGAAACGAACAGCGAAAAAUCUCUGUGCAAGGGGAAGAGUCCUUCAGACUGUGAUGAAGUUAUAAGUUCAACAGAAGAAGACAGAACUGUAAAAAAUGGCAAAUUUGAUCUAAGAGAUAACCGCAGACUAAAUUACUUUUAUGUUUAUAUUAACAAUCUUCACAAAAGUGAUGCUGGGACUUACUGGUGUGGUUAUGGUGGAACCAAAAACAUCAAGAUACAGCUUUCUGUCGCUGAAGCCCGCACCAAAGUGGGACCGUUACCAACUCAAUCCGAGCAGCUUACGACGCUGCCAAAAGCAAGGAAGACUGAAAUCAGCCGGGACACUGUAGGUUCAGACUAUGACGAAGGCCAAGGACACAAUCCUGAGCUUAGAGGCAGUCCAGGCAUCAUUGCUGGUAUUGUGUGUGCUGUCUUGAUAGUGGUGGUUAUCGUUGUAGUAGUACUGUCUAGACAGAAACUCUUCAACAGACAAGCAUGUUGUGCUUCAGGGGGAGGAUCGGAGCAGAAGACAAACAAGAUAAACGAUGGAGAGCACCAAUAUGAAGCGAUACCGAUGCAGAACAAAGAAGAAAGCGCGGACCAGACACUUUAUUCUACAGUAAACCAACCUGCAGACCAGCUGAACUAUGCCAGCAUCAAAAUCCUAAACAGUGGCUCCGCUGUUGCCGAUGAAGAUAAAAACGGGUCAUCCACCUCAAAGAACAAUCCCAAAGGUGCUGCACAUCCCCCUAUUGUGACAACAAUCUACUCGACCAUUGGAAAGCUUGGAGAAUAGUGCAGCUAUUAUUCAUUUGUGUUCUCUCUGGAUCAGGCUGUCAGAAUGUUAAGUUUCCCUGGGAGUAGUGAUGGACUCAGACCUGAACCUCCAAAAGCAUCUAAAGACAAUUACAAGGUCGGCUUUCUAUC